AUGUCUGGGCCCAUCUCAGUGGUGGACAUGCAGGCUUUGUGGAUGGCCAUCACGGACGAGCGCAUCUUCAAAAUGUUCCUCAUCCUCCUCACCCACGUGCUCUUCAUCUACAUCAACGUGGUGAUGAUGGUGACGCUCCGCAGCAAGGCCGUGUUCCGUGAGACGGCACGCUACAUCCUGUUCGGCCACAUGCUCCUGAGCGACACGCUACACCUGUGCGUGGGCCUGGUGCUCUACCUGAUGGGGGCCUUCUACGUCACGCUGGUGCGUGCAGCUUGCGCCUUCCUGGUGCUGCUGUCGGCCACCACCUUCACCGUGGCGCCACUCAACCUGGCCGUGAUGUCACUGGAGCGCUAUGUGGCCGUCUGCUUCCCGUUGCGCCACUGCCAGAUGGCCACGCCUGCCCGCACGCGCCUUGCCAUCCACCUGGUCUGGGCGGCCGGCUGCGCCAACGUGCUGACCGACGUCUGCUUCCUGUUCCUGUCCGAGCCUGCCUUCUACCUGGCCCCUGCCAUCUGCACCAUCGAGCAGCUGCUGCUGUGGCCCUGGCAGGGGACGAAGGCUGUGGUCCUCAACGUGCUCCUCUUCCUCACUACUGCGCUCCUGCUGCUCUACACGUACGUGGCCAUCCUGGUGGAGGCGCGCUCGGCCUCCUCGGACAAGGCGUCGGCCCACAAGGCCCUGCGGACGGUGCUGCUGCACGCGCUCCAGUUGGGCCUGUCCCUCAUGUCCUUCCUGUACGUGCUCCUGGAGUCGCUGGCGUCCCGCCUGCCCUUCACCGUCUACCAGCAGCUGCGCUUCCUCAACUUCCUCCUGGUGCUGAUCCUUCCGCGCUGCCUGAGCUCGCUGGUGUACGGCCUGAGGGACGAGGCCUUCAAGCCGCUCUUCAAACAGCACUUCCUGUUCUUUAAGCCGCUCUUCAAACGGCACUUCCUGUUCUGCGCCAGCUUCAGAAAAGUGGGGCCACCGUAG